AUGGCAAGAACUCGCUUCGUCGCAUUUCUCAUCGGCAUGGCCAGCUUCGUCUCCGUGGUCACCGGCCAGCUCCGGCUAAUUCCCGCUGGUGGUCUUCCCCGUGAUCUCUUUGCCCUUGGAAUCGCCUCCAAGAUCCGCAUCGAUCGCAACUCGACGGCGAUGGCGUCUUCAGACUUUGGCCGCAUCGUCGAGGCCACGCCGGAGGCAGUUCUCCACCCUGCCACGCCCAGCGACAUCGCCGCGCUCAUCCGGUUCUCCGCGUCCUCGCCGGCGCCGUUCCCCGUGUCGCCGCGUGGGCAGGGCCACUCCGUAAGCGGGCAGUCUCUCGCCCCGGGCGGCGUCGUCGUCGACAUGCGCGCGCUGGUUCGCGGUCACCACAGCCGCAUCAACGUGUCCGCGGACUAUGUCGACGCCGGCGGCGAGCAGCUGUGGAUCGACGUCCUUCGCGCGACGCUGCAGCACGGCCUCACGCCGCGCGUGUGGACGGACUACCUCCGCAUCACCGUCGGCGGAACGCUCUCCAACGCCGGCAUCGGUGGGCAGGCGUUCCGGCAUGGCCCGCAGAUCGCCAACGUGCGCGAGCUCGACGUGGUGACAGGGACGGGCGAGAUGGUGACGUGCUCACCUGAGAAGAGCUCGGACCUGUUCUUCGCAGCGUUGGGCGGGCUGGGCCAGUUCGGGGUCAUCACUCGGGCUCGGAUCGCGCUCGAGCAGGCCCCGAAGCGGGUCCGUUGGGUCAGGCUCGCAUACUCGGAUGUGGCCAUGUUCACGAGAGACCAGGAGCUGCUCAUUUCUAAGCGGGCUAGCGAGGCCGGGUUCGACUACGUGGAAGGCCAGGUCCAGCUCAACAGGACGCUGACCGAGGGCCCCAAGUCGACGCCUUUCUUCUCCGAAGCCGACAUCAAUAGGCUCGCCGGGCUCGCCUCUGUGUCUGGCUCUGCCGCCAUCUACAUCAUUGAAGCCGCCAUGUACUACAACGACACAACUGCCUCCUAUGUGAACAACAAAUUGGAGAAGGUGCUAGAGCAGCUAAGCUUUGCGCCAAGGUUCGUGUUCACGAAGGAUGUGACUUACGUCCAAUUCCUCGACCGCGUGCGCGAGGAGGAGGAGGUGCUCCGGUCAGCGGGGCUAUGGGAUGUGCCGCACCCAUGGCUAAACCUCUUCAUCCCCCGGUCACGCAUUCUCGACUUCGAUACCGGCGUGGUCAAGGGUCUACUCGGUGGCACCAACCCGGUCGGGGUCAUCCUCAUGUACCCCAUGAACACGAACAAGUGGGACAACCGGAUGACGGCCAUGGCACCACUUGCUGGAGAGGAUAUGUUUUACACCAUGGGAUUACUAAGGUCGGCGGUGGUUCCUAGUGACCUAGAGCUACUAGAGAGGGAGAACGAGGCGGUGCUAACAUUUUGCGAUAAAGAGGGCAUCGAGUGCAAGCAAUACCUCCCGCACCACAUGUCCCAGGAUGGAUGGCAACAACAUUUUGGUGCCAAGUGGAGCAGAAUAACUGAGAUCAAGGCAAAGUUCGAUCCUCACGCAAUAUUAUCAAGGGGUCAAAGGAUCUUCAGUCGACAGGAAGCAUUGCGGCGACAUAAUUGA